CUGAACUACGAGCAACUACUACGUUAAGACGUCAGUCCGGCCAGGUAACUUACCAGAAGUAGACUAGCCUACGACAUCUCACGCGGACGAAGAUGGUCCGCCAGUCCAUAAUCGACUCUCAACCUCGGACAUCCAGCCCGUAGAGGUACGCAGUCACGCAAAACCACGUGGUAUGGCGAGACUGGAUUCCUAUUUCGCUAUAAAAGUGUAUAAAACUAGACAGCAUCAUCCCUUGAGUUACAGAAUGCAUAUUCCAACCGCAACAGUCUUCGAACCUGCUCUCUCCAUCAAUUUCUGCUCAGCCCGAAUCAGCACCCAAUUACAUUAUCAUGGCACUCAACAAGAGGAUCAUUCUCAUCACUGGCGCCAACUCCGGCAUUGGCUAUGACACCUCCUACGCCCUCGCCAAUGACUCGCCAGACAACCACAUCAUCAUAGGUGCCCGUUCCAGCAUCAAGGGCCUUGCAGCUCUCAACGAGAUCCAGGCACGUAAGCCUGCCGGCACACUCAGCUUCCUUGAGCUCGAUAUCACCUCCGACGAGUCCAUCAAGGCUGCCGCGCAGAAACUAGAGUCUGACUUUGGCGUCCUCGACGUACUCGUCAAUAACGCCGGCAUUUCAGGCAAGGAAGAGGUCUCGCGAGAGAAUUUCCACACCGUCUUCGACACCAACGUCUUCAGCACCAUGCUCCUGACCCAGGCACUGGAGCAUCUGCUGCGGAAGUCCCGCGAUCCUCGGAUCAUCAACGUCUCCUCGGUCCUCGGCUCCAUCACGGUGCGGAACGAUCACUCGUCCCCAUAUACACAGGUUACGGGAGAGACGUACCGCGUCAGCAAAGCGGCGCUGAACAUGGUUACCGGAAUUCAGGCCUAUAAGUUCAAGGAAUGGGAGCACCCAGCGAAGGUCUGGUCGUUUUGCCCUGGGUUUGUGGUCACCAACUUGACCGGGGAGGAUAAGCAGAGCAAGAUUGACCGAGGGGCAGAGUCUUCGGAGACGAGUGCCCAGGGGAUAACGGAGAUUGUGAGGGGUGAUAGGGACGACGAGGUGAAUCAGUUCUUGGCCAAGCGGGGUGAGGUCCUCCCGUGGUAAAUCCGGGGUCCGCAACCGGGUCGUUUAAGGCCAUGACGGAUGGAUAAAUUAGCUCUAAUGAGUAUGAAUGAAUUUCUCUGACUCCAGGAG